GUGCUCUUAUCGUGUAUCCACAACCAGAUCCAUUUUUAAGUACGAUGGAUCGUUUUAUGAUAGCCUCCGACCUUUCACUUUCUUGCAUUCAACAUGGCCGAUGCACUUCAUGACCAUGUCAUCGAAAACGACGAGGAGGAUUUGGCUCGUAUGGGAUACAGGCAGGAGCUCAGACGAGAAUUGGGUUUGAUGCAGAACUUCGGGGUGUCCUUCUCGAUCAUAUCCGUGGUGACCGGUAUGUCGUCGCUGUUUCUGUUUGGACUGAACACCGGAGGUCCUGCUGUCAUGGUGUGGGGAUGGAUUGUUGUCUCAAUAUUCACUAUGUUCGUGGGGCUAUCCAUGGCCGAGGUCUGCAGUGCGCAUCCAACGUCAGGGGGUCCUUAUUUCUGGGCAGCCAUGCUUUCAAAACCACAACACUCUGCCAUGGCGUCAUGGAUAUGCGGCUGGUUCAAUCUUCUCGGCCAAGUCGCCGUCACCACCGGUAUCAGUUUCGCUUGUGCCAGCUUCUUGUCCACAGUGUGCACGUUCAAGACCAACUUUGUACCUACUUCGCGAACUCAGAUUGGUGUCUACGCAGCUGUUUUGGUCACACAAGGCUUGAUCAACACGUUUGGCGUACACAUUCUGCAUUACCUGAAUAACAUCUCCGUGUGGUGGCACGCCCUUGGAACCUUUUCUCUGGUGAUCGCCAUUCUCGCGAAGGCUCCAACGCAUCAGUCAGCCGAAUUUGUCUUUACCCACUUUAUCGAUGGUACAGGUGGAUGGGGUGAAAGGGCUAGUCACGCCUACGUCGUGGUUAUUGGUACUCUUAUGGCACAAUAUACUCUCACAGGAUUUGAUGCUAGUGCUCACAUGACGGAAGAAACGCGCAACGCCGCCAUGUCAGGAAGUAUCGGCAUCGUCAUGGCUAUCGGCGUGUCAUCCAUUUUGGGAUGGUAUCUUCUUCUCGGGUUGCUUUUCUCCAUUCAAGACCUCGAUGCGACUGUGAAUUCAUCCACCGGACAACCAGUGGCUCAAAUAUUUUUGGACACCGUCGGAACCGACGGCGCAAUUGUCCUUAUGGUCAUCAUUAUCGGAUGUAUGUUUUUCUGCGGGACGUUCUCAAUCACGUCGAAUUCCCGUAUGAUGUAUGCAUUUGCUCGGGAUGGUGGUAUUCCAGGAUCCAAGUUCUUCGCGGUCGUCAGCUCUAAAUGGAGGUCGCCCAUACGAACCGUGUGGCUUGCUUGUACCUUGAGUUUCAUUCUGGGCUUGCCUAGUUUAGGCAGCACAGUCGCGUUCUCAGCGGCUACAUCUAUCGCUACGAUUGGCCUGUAUAUCUCUUACGGUAUACCUGUCGCACUUCGUGUCAUAAACCGAGAAAACUUUGUCCGAGGUCCAUUCCAUCUUGGCUCAUUUUCAUACCCGGUGGCGAUAGCCGCGGUGCUGUGGAUCAUGUUCAUCUCCAUUGCUUUCAUCCUUCCUCAAGUAAAUCCCGUGGAUUCGCAAACUUUCAAUUACUCCAUUGUGGCGGUUGGCAUCGUUAUUACCUAUAGUUUCGGGUACUGGUUCCUCAGUGCGAGAAAGUGGUUUACUGGACCCGUUAAGCAGAUUGCUGCUGAAGAGAUGGGUAUUGAUGUUAUGGACCCCAGUACAGCCAGCAAGUACGAAACUGAAAUGAAAGCGCGGGAGGCAUCUGGCAUGUAGAGUUCUUUUCGGUAUAUAUAUAAUUUGUUAAUAUUUGAUGACUAUUUAUUUCAUAUGUGUGCUUCUCAUACUUGAGAAGAGGUCUCGUAACCUGUGGCCAUCGCUAUACAGCAGAUACUGUUUCCCAGA